AUGGCGGCCGAGAUGAAGGACGGAAAGUUCGCUCACGACAUCACUGUCGCUCCCCCGUCGAACAGCGUCAUGUCUCUCUUCUCCCUGAAGGGAAAGACUGCCAUUGUCACGGGAGCUGCAGCUGGUAUCGGCUACGGAGUCGCGGAGGCGUUUGCGGAAGCUGGCGCCAACGUGGCCAUCUGGUACAACAGCAACAAGAAGGCGCUUGAUGCGGCGGCAGAUAUCGAGAAGCGGUAUGGUGUGAAGUGCAAGGCAUACCAAGUCAACGUAACCUCUCUCGAAGCCGUCGAGUCCGCCGUCACCGAGAUCGUCAAGGAGUUCAACGGCCGUCUCGACAUCUUCGUCGCCAACUCGGGCAUCCCAUGGACAGACGGCCCCGCGCUCGACGGGCCCCCCGAGUCCUACAAGCGGGUCAUGGCCACCAACGUUGACGGUACCUUCUGGUGCGCCCAGGUAGCCGGCCGUCACUUCCGCAGACAAAAGCAGGAGGGGAUGACGAUCGACGGCCAGAAGCUUGAAGGGUUCACGUACGGCAGCUUCAUCGCGACGGCGAGCAUGAGCGGCCACAUUGCCAACAUCCCGCAGCUCCAAGCGGCGUACAACGCUUCCAAGGCGGCGGUCAUCCAUCUUUGUCGGUCGCUGGCGAUCGAGUGGGUGGGCUUUGCGAGAGCGAAUACCAUCUCGCCGGGGUAUAUCAGGACCGAUAUUUCGCAGUUUUGCUCGCCCGAGGUGAAGAAUGCUUGGAAGGACAAGAUUCCUAUGGGCCGUGAAGGAGAGGUCAACGAGUUGAAGGGCGCAUAUCUGUACUUUGCAUCGGAUGCGUCGUCUUACACGACGGGCACAGACCUUUUGGUUGAUGGCGGAUAUUGUGCCCCUUAA